AUGGCAUCGCCUUCACUCAACCCACAGGCCCUUUUUGCGGUCAAUGGUCUUGUUGCGGUGGUUACCGGAGGUCACAAUGGCGUUGGCCUUAUGAUCACCAAGGCAUUGGAAGAGAAUGGUGCUACAGUAUUCAUCAUCGGCCGCCGUAAGGAGAAACUGGAAGAGGCAGCUAAGACAGAAGCCAAACAUGGAAAAAUCAUACCUAUCCAGGGAGACAUCACCUCCAAAGCUGAUCUCACCCGCAUUGUCUCCACCAUCAAGGACCAUCCUCUAAGUGGCGGCUAUGUGAAUCUCGUCGUCGCCAAUGCCGGUGCCAUGGGCCCCGAGCCUCCUGCCAGCCUCGACGCAAACCAGCCUGCCUCUAACCGUGCUUCACUCAAGGACGCGUAUGAGCUGCUGUGGGCGCCCAAGGUGGCGGACUUCAACAGCGUCCUCGAGACCAACGUCGCCGGAUCCUACUUCACUGCCGUUGCUUUCCUGCCUCUUUUGGAUGCAGGGAAUGCCGCUGGGAAUGUAUCGCAGUCGAGUCAAAUCAUCAUCAUGGGUAGUGCCUCGGCCUACUCUCGCCUGGCAUCUAGCAAGUUUGCGUAUGGUGCUAGCAAAGCCGGCACCAAUGACUUGGUCAGGAGAUUGUCGACGACGCUGGCUAUGUACCGCAUCCGAGUGAACUCUAUUGUUCCAGGAAUCUUCCCCUCUGACAUGACUGAGCAUGUCAUCCAAUUUUUGAAUGCCAACCCAGAAGCAGCAAAGGCAAUUUUGCCAGUCGGACGACCAGGAAACAUCCAGGACAUGGCUGGCCUUACGCUUUGGCUCUCCUCCAACGCCGGAGGAUAUGUUACUGGUAGCAUCGUCUUGUCUGAUGGAGGUGUGUUGACCGUAACGCCUGCCUCAUACUAA